ACUCAUUUCUCUUUAUUUUGUGUGUUUUGUACUUUAAUCAGCUCCUACAUCAGCCACCUUUGGCACAUCUGUGGCUCUUGUGUUAUCUGUGUGCUCAGUGAAAGUGGGAUUUGUUAAGCUCAGUGGAAGUCUGGUACAGAAAUACAGGGUUUGAUUCUCUGACAUAAAAAAUAUAUCCUUUUGAAAUAUGAGGAAAAAAUUGCAUAUUAUUUAUGGUUCACAAAGAGAAAUGCUGUUUUUAAAAUUACUCAACAAAAGAUCACUUUUCUUUUUCUCUGCUGAUAAAACACAUUUUCCUCUAAUGGCUUUUUUUCUGCUUUGUUUUCAACUAACCAGAGCUCAAAUGCCCUUUCUGUUCCUGGAGUUUGAAUUUUACUGGCACUUUGUGAAGUUAGAGAACUCAGUAGCAAUCUGUGGAAGGAUUAAUUAAUCUGGUAAUCUGGUAUAGGGAAAUAUAAAUGAGGAGGAAGAAAACUCAAACUUAAGGAGAAGCUGUGGAGAAAUGCAAGGUUGAUUAGUUCAUAUUUGUAUUUACAAUUUUGCCUCAGACUGUAGAGCAGUUCUUUGGAGUGAUAAGUGUGAGAAAUGGGACAUUAUGAAUUUGGUGAUUAUCCUUGUUUAAAGAUUUUUAGUAGGGAUUUUUCUCCUUGCAUUUUUAUUAGUACUUUUAUUGCUUAUGGUUUUAAGUACUGAUGAACUUGGAGCCCAAGACCUUGAAUUCUAGUGGUAGUUCUUGCUGCUCUGUGUAGCCAUAUUUGGUUAUUUUUUAAAAUGCACACAUGAAACUGAGAUUGAAAACAGAUUUAAUAUUAAUUUAUCAAAUAAAAAAGUAGAAGAAAAAUAAAAUAAUCAUACUAAAUAGUAUUAAUACUCAACACAGCAAGAUUUGAACUUUCAUGUGAGCUCUGGAGUUCUUUCUGUGGAUGUGUCAUUUAGCCAUUUACUUCUGAGGAUUUUUUUUCAUUUUCCUAAGACAAAAAACCCCUCAUCUUUGCUUAUAUAUGUGUAAUGCAAUUUUACUCAUGUAUAAUGCAACUUUAUUAUGUAUAAUGCAAAUUUUACUCGUAGUUAACUUGAACUGCUGGGCAGCAGAACCAUGUACUGCACUCAGGCCUCGUGUUCCCUUUGGCUUUUGUAUCUGAAAUCUUUAUCCUAGAGUUUGUAGAAAACACAGCAAUUAAAAAAUUUCAAGUGUUUGUUCAGGAAUAUAGUUUAAAAACCUUAUGACUGCUCUAGGCCUACACUCAGAAAUCAAAAAUGAUUCAUUUAAGAUAAAAAAGCUCCAGUCGGGAAAGGCAAGGAAAGGGGAACUUUGAUGUAAAUGAGAAUGUGAUCUAAGAUGUUUAAGGCAAAUAAAGUUAAAGUGGUUUGGUUGUAUGAUCAUUCAGUUUUUGGGGGCAGGCAGGAAAUUAAAAAAUGUCAUUUCUUUGCAAUAUGGAUAACAUCUUUUUGAUGUGUGUCUCCUAUGUUAUUUCUUUUGCUGGAGGCUGAAACUUUUGAAACAAGCAAACAACUCUUUUAGGAACUUGACAUUAUGUUAAUAAAAUUUUCAGCAUCCAACUUGUAAAAACAUUUCCAUAAAUCACAAUAGCUGAACACUUCUCUGUCCAAAAUCUGAUUCUAUCCCCCAAAUGGAAAUUCUGAAAAUUACCUUCAGUGCCGAGGGGGAGUAUAAAAUAUGUUGUGUGGCAGUGAUGUGAGUGUCUGGAGAGCUGGAAGGGACAGGCAAUGGCAGUGGCACAUCCCCAGGGUCAUUCUGGCUCAGUGCUGUCUGUGCAGUCUGAGGCAUCCAUCCCAUCAGCCAUCCCAGGGCUGGGGCAGUGAAUGCUUCACCCAGACAAGGUACACAAUGCACACACUGUGUGCUAUUCAAAUCCCACAGAACCAGAGUCAAAAGAAACUUGGUGUGCUCAUUUACUUGUCAUUGAGUUGUAUGCACUUCCCUGUGUUCCAACAAAGGAGCCCUCCUCUGUAUAGUGGGAGUGAUGGACACAUGAAAAACACUGAUUUUUUUUCUCCCUUUUUUUUCCCAAGUUCAUUAACUGCGAGCAGUGGCAGGUAGCAAGUGCUAACAUGAAGUUUUUUAUGUUGCUAAUCAAUGAGUUUGAUUAUGCAAUGGAACUGAGUAUUCCCAAGAAAUCAGUCUUUGCUGUAUAAACAGAAAUUUCAGCUCUGGUGUUUUUUAUUUUUUCAGCUCAGUGUUUUGUUGCACUUCUGGAGGAGCCAUGCAUCCCUUUCCAUCCAGAGCAGGGGCAGGCCUCUUUUGCUCUAUCAUCCACUGUUUUGGUAGCUCUCCUGCCUUCUGCAGCUCCCAGCACUGCAUGGAAAGUCUGUCCCAUGUUUGUAUCUCUGGAAGUAUGGGGUCACUCUAACGGGUUGUGGAUUAGUGUGGAUAUGGAGCAUGGGACUGGGUUCUUCCUGAUUUCAGCCUAAAUCUUCUGUGCAGAGUCAGCUAAUCUUUAGUUCUCUCCCUCUGCAUAACCAUCCAGUAAGGUUGUGUUUCUCAUUUGGGAUGUUGUAAUAAAACAAAGCUUAAUUCUUAUGAUUUGUAAGGUGUAUGGCUAGAAAGGAGUAUAAAGUGUCAGAUGAAUGUGAGCAGCUCUUCUUACUGAUGUACAGUGGCCAAAAAGAAAGCAGUGACUUGUACAUUUGUGGUAAUAAUGCCUACCUUGAGUUAAAGCCACUGUGAUGUCAUUAGUUAACAAUUUAAUAACCUGGACAGGUUAGGAAAAAAGUCCAGGAUAAGUCUAAUGAUAUUUGGUGAGUGUGAAUGCAGAGUCUUGCUGCUGGGAUGGACUAACUCCCUGCCAGAAGGGUGGAGUGUGUGGUUGAUGUUUCUUUAGGAUAUCAUAUAACUGCUUUUAGGCUCUGUUGCAUGGACUGCUGACUUUUGGGUGACAGGGAAGUAGUUUGAUUUGUGCUGCAGGUGGGGCAAAUGACAAUGCUGGUGCAAUGAUUUGCCCAAAUAUUCCUUUGGUGUGCUGGGCACACACAGGAAGCUCUUUCUGUAGUCAGAUGCAGAGCAGUUCCCUUUGGAGCACUUCUCUUUAGGCAUGGUGUUUUUACAGCCAUGAGCUUUGUGGUCAUAGCCAGCUCUGCAGUGUCUCCACUGUCACUGAGCUGGUUUGUGAGGCAGUGUCAAGAACUUAAAUACAAAAGCCUCUCAGAAGCUGCUGUUUGCACAGAAUCACAGCUGAGGAGCUCUGAUGUUCUGUGGGUAAGUUCAAUAUUUACAUGAUCAUAUCAGACUGUAAUUUUGCAUGUUAACAUUAUCACCCUAGAUAACCUUAAAAGCAGGCUAUUGAAAAACCAGGUACAAAUUUUGCCUUUCAUUCAGCCCAUAUUAAUCUGAUGGAUCCAGGGUUGGGUAGGCUCUAGAAAUGCUUCCUGGUCACCAUCCUGGAAGAGGGGUUGGAAUUUUAACUGACCUGGAAAUACCAUUAUGGGAACAGAAGUGAGGCAGGCACCUCCCUUCCUCUUCAGAUUGUCACUUUUUCCUGCCUGUGUUGUGGAGCUCCUUGUCCCUUGAGGACCAGUGUUUCACCCUGACCUCCAGAGCCCUCCUUGCUACACUUUUAUUCCAUUUUACAGGCUUACAGUGCACUAGGUGUUAUUAGAGGAGAUUAUAUUUCAGCCAUCCCCCACCUCCAGCCCUAAUCUUCAUGCCACUCUUGCUGCUAUCUGCUGGUAACUUCAUUGUAAUUUUAUUUUUUGCUCACAUUUUCCUGGAGAGGUUUCAUGUUGCUCUCUAAGUGGAAAUGGUGAAAACUUCUCAGGAAAUUUAGAAAGCUCAAUUUGAGGACUUUUUUUGGUGAUACUUUUUUUUUUUUUGGUGAGUUUGCCAGAAGUCAUGUGUUCUUUAAGAAGUGUUUAGAGAAUUAAUGGUAUAACUAAUGCUCUUAAAUGCUAAUGGUAUUUUGUUUGUUUAUGUCAUCUGGUUCAUUAAGAUGUGGAUAAAAAUUCUAUGUUUGUAUCAUUCAGGAUAGGAAAUUAGAGGUUUUUUUAUUAGCCAGAGUUGUUAAAAACAUAAACCAUGUUUGUCUUGUAGUACAUGGGGGAAAAGCCUUGUUGCAAGUGUGUAUAGAUUAUUGAAUCAAAUUGAAAACAUUUGCUUGAGCCUAUUGGAAUUAAAAUUGAUUUAGAAACCUCUCUGGGGGAAAUGUGUUGCAUUGAUGUUGAAUUCACACUGAUAACUGCCUGGGAAAAUCCCUUCUUGCAAAAUUAGCUGAACAGAAAAAUUGAAAUGGGAGGUCAGUAAGGAAGUGAGCCAGGCUACCAAAUUUCAGCACAGGUCUGUGUCUGCUUCGGGUAGGCCAGGGGACUUUUCUAGAGAUUUAUUCUCUUCCUCUUGCACUUAAAUUCUGUAAUUUUUCUAUGUAAAGCUUAGGGCUUGUUCUGCAAUUCCAUCUCUCACUGUAUCUCCAUUAUCAGACUCCUGAGUCAAUUUUAAAAAUGACAGGGGCUUGUAAAGAAUGGAAGCACAUUCAGAGAGGAGCUUGGGCACGUUGGCACUCAGCAGGAUGGUGGUUGAUGCUCAGGUCCCCUUGGGUGAGAUUUCCCUGUGUUUGGUUUCCAGAGUGUGUGGGAAGCACGUGGCAUCUGGGGGCAGCUCAGAGCAGGCAGGAUGCCAAACUGGGGAUUGCUGCACCCAGCCAGUAGGAACGGGACAUUUAGGGGAGGGUGGGACGUGCUCUGCUGGAGCUGGAGGUCUUCUCCUGGCCUGGAGCUGGGUGCUGUGUCCAGGCUGGAUGGACAUCCAGGGGCCCAAGCUGUGCUCCAGGAGGGAGAGCUGGUUCAUGCCAGGUCAGGAUCGCAGUGAAGCCACUUUGAUAAAGAGGUUCAAAGGUGACGGUGUCCGCUACAAGGCCAAGCUGAUCGGGAUCGAUGAGGUUUCUGCUGCCCGAGGGGACAAGUUAUGCCAGGACUCCAUGAUGAAGCUCAAGGGAAUUGUUGCUGCGGCUCGAUCGAAAGGAGAACAUAAACAAAAAGUCUUCUUAACAGUUUCCUUUGGGGGAAUCAAAAUCUUUGAUGAAAAGACAGGGCUACUCCAGCAUCACCACGCAGUUCAUGAAAUUUCCUACAUUGCAAAGGAUAUCACAGACCACCGAGCGUUUGGAUAUGUGUGUGGAAAGGAGGGGAAUCAUAGAUUUGUGGCAAUAAAAACAGCCCAGGCAGCUGAACCUGUAAUCCUGGACUUGCGAGACCUGUUUCAGCUCAUCUACGAACUGAAACAAAGGGAAGAAAUGGAAAAAAAGGCACAAAAGGACAAACAGUGUGAGCAGGCGGUAUACCAGACAAUUUUGGAAGAAGAUGUAGAAGAUCCUGUAUACCAGUACAUUGUGUUUGAGGCUGGACACGAGCCCAUCCGUGAGCCUGAAACGGAGGAAAACAUUUAUCAGGUUCCUACCAGCCAAAAGAAGGAAGGUGUUUAUGAUGUGCCAAAAAGUCAACCUGUAAGUCUGGAGAAUGGAAACUUAUUGCUGGACAUUGAUGAAAAUCUUGUUUCAGUCACUCAGGCUGUUACCCAACUAGAGCUUUUUGGGGACAUGUCCACUCCUCCUGAUGUAACCUCUCCCCCAACUCCUGCUACUCCAGGUGAUGCCUUUAUCCCAUCUUCAUCCCAGUCACUCCCUGCUAGUACAGACAUGUUUGGUUCUGUACCUUUCAGCACUGCUGCCGUACCCUCAGGUUAUGUUGCCAUGGGAGCUGUCCUGCCCUCCUUCUGGGGACAGCAACCUCUUGUUCAACAGCAGCUGGCCAUGGGUGCCCAGCCUCCAGUCGCUCAGGUGAUGCAGGGAGGACAGCCCAUCGCGUGGGGCCAGCCCGGCAUCUUCCCUCCCACCCAGCAGCCGUGGCCAUCCGUGGCUGGCCAGUUCCAGCCCACUGCCUUCAUGCCAACACAAACUGUUUUGCCUUUACAAGCAGCCAUGUUUCAAGGUACCAUUGCUCCUAUAGCCACCGUCCCGCCCACGAGCGAUUCCAACAGAUCGAGUCCGCAGACAGACAGGCCCAGACAGAAAAUGGGAAAAGAAAUGUUUAAGGAUUUCCAGAUGGCUCAGCCUCCACCAGUGCCAUCAAGAAAACCAGAUCAGCCUUCCCUCAGUUGUACCUCAGAGGCCUUCUCAAGUUACUUUAACAAAGUUGGGAUGGCACAGGAAGCAGAUGAUUGUGAUGACUUUGACAUCUCUCAGUUAAAUUUGACUCCUGUGACUUCCACGACACCAUCUACAAAUUCACCUCCUACCCCUGCACCCAGACAGAGUUCUCCAUCAAAAUCAUCAGCAUCUCAUACGAGUGACCCUGCUGCAGAUGACCUCUUUGAAGAGGGAUUUGAAAGCCCAAGCAAAAGUGAGGAGCCAGAGGCUCCUGAUGGGUCUCAGGCCUCCUCCAACAGUGAUCCCUUUGGUGAGCCAACUGGUGAUACUAUAAGUCCACAGGUCGGUAGCUAGAUAGCACAGGUUGGGGAAGCAGAGCCUCUCUACGCGCAGAUUAACAGACCUAAGAAAUAGCAUUGUUACAGGCUUGUGGUGCUCCAAGACUCAAACGAAACCCAACAACCUGGCGGGCCUUUGGCUUUCAUGCUUUUUUCCGAUUGAUUUUGUCUGACAAAGGAGAGAGUUUGCCCUCCUGGACUGGCUCUACGAGUGUUCCUGAUGUGGUUUUUUUGGCAACCAAUGGCAGAUUCCUGUGGCAGCACAAAACAAAAACUCUCCCUGCUUCUCAUACCAUGAGUGCAGCCCCGUCCCCACAAGUGGUGGGUAUCCAGACUAGGACAUCCUACUCCUCGGUCUUCUUUUAAACAUUUGUCACCUUCUGUGUGCCACUUAUAAAUAACAAGCAUCUGAAAUUUAUUGGGUGUUAGACAUUCCUUUUUUCUUCUUUUCAGCAAAAAGCAGAGUCUGUAUGUAGCAGUGGCAUUAUCAUUCAACAGCCUUUGGGGCACGAGUCGGCACUUUUUAUGUCACGGUGACAUGUUUUUCAUCUUCAUUUACAUCAGGCUGAUCCUGACCCUUUUUUUCCCCCCCUAUGUAGACAUAUUUAAACAACAACAUACUACUGGUGGUGUCUUUUUCUUUUUUUCUUUUUUUAAUUUUUUUUUAAUGUAUUUCUUACUCUGUAGUUUUGUAUGAGUGACAGAUCUAACAGCGAAACGCCUCCUGCGGAAAUGGUUCCCAACUUGAAACCACAGAACAGAACUUGGUUGUUUAUCCAUCCUUGACUGAAAAUGUUGCCAAAUGGACCUUUAAGUUCUAGCACAUCAUGAGGAAGAAAUGCUGCUUUCUGUUGGAAUACUCAUGUUGUGGGUAGAGAAAGGACAUCGAGUCCCACUGAGGAAAGACAAAAGAGUCAGUAUUUCCUAGGAAACUCUAAAACAAAGUGCAGAAAAGGAAUAUUUUUAUUUCUUCAAUAUCUUGCUGCUGUAAUGCUAUGCAGACAAGUGUUUUCUUCUCUGUGUGCCAUUUUUGAUGAAAAAAAAAUCAUUUGCCAAAUAAUACUGGUGUGCUUCUGGUUUAGGAGUUUGGAUGAAGCGGACUUGACAAAUGGGACAAGGACGGCAUGGAUUUUGGAAUAACAAACUGACUCUGUGAUCAAAAUUGUUCAUCUUUAUCACUUUUUGUACAUCAGAAAAAAAAAUCAAAUGGGAUUUUUAUUUUAUAACUUGAAAAAAAAAUCUUACUGUUAAACUCUUUAAAUGUUUAAGGGGAAAUGGCUUUAAGGAGUUCGAAUGAAAAUUGCCAUUUUUUUUGUAAAUAUAAAUGUUAUGAAAAUUCUUUUACUAAUGCCAUUACACAGUAGAGAAGGUAGCAAGUUGCAGUGCUUGGGAGGUGUGGCAAACCCAGUUUGUGGUUCUCACAUCACAUAUGUUUUUUCACAUGCUUAACAAUAAUGGGCUGAAGCUCAAGUGCAUUUGCCAAAAGCAGUCAGCUUGUCAGCAACUAGUGAAUUAAUGGGAACACAUGAUUUUAUGGUCUAGCAUUAUCACAUGGACAUAAUUCCACUUACAAGAGAUCACUUUCCAUUGACAUUCCUUUGAACCUCUGCAUAGAAGUCAUCCAACUGUUUACACGCAGAACAAAAAGAAUUUUAAACUUCCUUUUUUUACAUUUUUGAAGCAAAAAGUGCAGUGUUUGGGUUCAUAUGUUUAGCACAUGAUUUUCAUAAAGAAUCUAUAUAUUUUUGCCCUACAGAGAAUUGUUAUACAGGUCAAAUGUGUUUUCCUGAUGUUCCUAUGCAGUUACAGUAUGUUGAAUUUAGUGGUUUAACACUAAAAAGGAAAAAAAAAGAAGAAAAAAAGAAAAAAAAGGAAAAAAGGUUAAAGAAAUCAAGGGAUUAAUCAGUUUUUUGGGUUGUUGUGCAGAUUUUGUUUUUAAAUUGACACAUUAGGAUUUACAUUUUUGUCAUGAUUAAAAUAGGCCUGGAGUUAUAAAUGUUUUGCUUUCUUUCAUCUCUGUUAUAAGCUAAAAAUGGUUUAGAAGGCAGAAUAACUGGGGUGGUGAUUGUUGGUAUGUGCAACCAAAUCUCACAACACGAUCCCAUUCUUUUAUUUUGAAUUAGAGAAAUUAGAGAAAUGUGCGUUGCAGAAUGUAUGUGAAUGAGAAAUUAGCUGUGAAUAGACCUAAUGAACCAGCAGAGAGGAGAAUUCUAUCCCCAUCCACGGUCAUUUGAUGCUUGUUCCUUAGUCAUGUGCAAACAGCUUUGUAGCAAAUCUUGUUUUCCCAUUGGAAGAUCAAGUUUUCUAACUGGAGGAGAUAAUUUAAUUAAAACUUGGUGGAUCGAGUGUUUCAGGAUUAAAAGCAGAGGUAAAAGCGUUUCUGGAGAACACUUCUGUCAGAAUAUUUUCCUGAUUUGCACAGUGGUGCUACUUUCUUCCUCAGCAGCUUUUUUUUUUUUUUGGGUUUUGUCCUGCACACGGAACCACAAACCCAGUUUUGGUUCAUCACAGACAUUGGAGGUUUAGUGUCAUCAGUGCAUUUCCAGUUAUGGGGUGGAACACAGAGGAAAGAAGAGAUUGAUGUCUGAGAGGAUCACAUUUGUAGGAAGCAGAUACGGAUAGUGCCAAGGGAAUGAGGCUGGAAUUCUGGUGUCUCUGGGCCAUCACCACGGACCUUUGUCUUACUUUUGCUCAUGAAUAAAAACAGAUUCUGGAUUGUCUCGUCCUGUGAUCGUCCUUGUCGUGGCUGGGAUGCUGAGCUGAGAGGGCUGCAGGGCCUCUGCACUGUACCAGUAUUGUAGAUAACUCAAAUAUCCAGCUUGUGCAAUUGUUUAAUCCCUCAUCCUUCACUAGCACUAAAUUCGUCACUUUAAAUUUACAAACCAGGGAACCCCACCAGCCAUCCUGUUACCAUCCCCCCCGUAGGUUCUUGAUCUUUACCUGUCAUGAAAAGAUAUUUUGAUAGAUCGUAGUCAUCCAAGUGUCUGAUGAAACCUUUCAUCUCAAUAACGUACUGGGCACCUUCUUUGCAAAAAUGUUUACUCCGUGGUUUUCAUUCCUUUUUAUUUCUGCAUUCUGACACUUAUUUUUUUAAUAAAGAUGAGAAAGAUAAAAUGACUGUUGCAGUACAUUUCUAAACCUACUUUAACUUUACCUCAGAUAACGACCAUUUGUUAACAUACACGGACACAUUAUUUUUAACUUUAUGUGUAAUGCAUUCAGCAACAACAACAGAAACCAACAAAUUUUUAGAGAUUUUCCAUUAAUUUCUGUAACACACCAUGUAAUACUGUUAUGAAUAAAAACAUUAAAAAAA